UGAAACAAAGUCCAAACAAUUUGAUCAAAAAACAAAGACAAAGUAGUAAAGCAAUCUUCCGAAAAGGGCUCUUCAAUUACAAAUAACAUUACAAUAUCAUGUCACAAAGUAGAAGAACCAUUAGUUUUUAAUGGACAAAUAAAAUAGCAAUGACAACAUUGACUCUCUGCAGAAUAAAUAAGCUACAGCAGAUAAAGCUGCCAUGCAAAAUGUAAUUUUGUAAUUUUAUGUAAAUGUCAUUGUCUAUUAAAAUAUAGUGAAGUAAAAAGUACAUAUAUAUUAAAUUAUAAAUUUAGUUGAGCAUAGAGUAAAAGUUGCUUAUUUCUUUGAUACUGAAAUUCGAAAAUAUCCAACAAAUUACUUAAGUAAAGUAAGUAAGUACAUUUACACAAAUACUUUACACCACUGCUGUAUAUCUCUGUCUAUAGAAUAUGUUGUCAGUCUGUGCAAUUGUUCUGGCUCUAUGAAACAUGUUCAACUGUAAAUCUAUGUCUCUGCCAAUAUAUCUCCAACUGAGAUUUGGUUUUAUGUCUCCUGCAGAUCUGGAAAAUGUGUUUUUCAGUCCUCAGUCUCAAAAUGUAAAUAAAAAUCAGGACGUGUUUUUCCAGUGUGUGUCAGGGGACAGCGCUCCACCUGCUCACAUAUUGUGGCUGAAAAACAGCCACACUUUUACAAGAGGAACUCAGAUACAGGGUCAGUAUGGAGGGGGAAGUCAGAAAAAAACAUCAGGCACUCUGCACCUGACCAACGUCUCUAAGUCAGACCAAGGCCAUUAUGUCUGUGUUACCCACAAUCCUCUGCUUAACAUAAGCAAAGAAAGUGGCACAGCCACAUUAAAAGUCAGUGGACUAAGCAUGAGUCUUGAGAUUAUACAGGGUCCUGAAAAUAUCACAGUUGCUGUGGAAAUGAAGGCAAUCCUCCACUGUGUAGUCCAUGGUUUCCCUACUCCCAAAGUGCAGUGGAUCAAAGAGGACCUACUGUUACCCAAUACGUCACGAUGGGACCUACGUGAUCAUGGACAACUUCUUGUUUUUGAGUGACAUUAUCAAUUCUUAUAAAAAUGAAAAAUUUGCAUAUCAGUUUAUUCCAUAAAACAUUAUUCAAAGUGUUUUCAUUGAGAAGCAUGGGACAUUUGAUUGUGUCAUGCUUAUAUAAAAGUAACAAAUGGACCAAUUCAGUUCUAUAUAUCCCACAGAAGAGUUUUGCCAGAAGAUGAAGGCUUCUAUUACUGUGAGGCUAACAAUGGCAAGGAGAGACUCAGAUCACAGCCAGCUUACCUCCUUCCUGCAGUGAUGGACUGGGACUUUGUCCUCCAGUCUGUUAAUAAAACAGUGAGGAAGGGUGACUCGGUGACACUGUACUGCAGACCUCCACAUAGCCGACCCCCUGCUCAAGUGUCUUGGUUUAGAAACAACCGAAUUCUCUGGUCCAGGUCACACAUCUCAACCCAGCCUAAUGGAGAUCUGCUCUUUCACAGUGUGCAAGAGACAGACAGGGGAUCUUAUUUUUGUCGGGCUUCAAAUUCCUUCCUGCAAAGAGCUAUAACUUCUAGAAAAAUCUUCUUGGAAGUUCUAGCCCCUCCAUCUGUGACUAUCUGGCCCCUGGCAGUGAUUUCAACAGUCGGAGCAGAGGUAAUAAUUCAGUGCCAGGUGUCAGGACACCCUGUUCCUUCUAUUGACUGGUUAAAACGUGGACAGUCGGUAAAAACAGGAGGCAAAAUUUCUAAGGGGGUGCGAAAUGCAACUCUUUACAUCUCCUCGGUAAGAAACUACGAUGAAGGAUUUUACACAUGUGCAGCCUCCAAUUCUGUGGGACAGGAUGAGAAAACAACUACUCUACAAGUAGCUGCAAAGCCGGUCAUUGUGUUAUUUGAGAGAUCAGUCAAUGUGUCCACGGGAGCUACUGUCAUUCUUCCAUGUCGGGCUGUUGGAAAUCCACCACUGAAGUACAGUUGGCAAAGAAGCGCCCUUCAGACACCUCUAUCACUUUCACCACGCAUUCACAUUGAUGAUAAUGAGACAUUGCACAUCUCGAAUGUCCACCAGUCAGAUGCAGGAGAAUAUUACUGCACUGCUGAAAACAACAUUGGUCAUGAUAGAAGGAAGACUACAAUAACCGUUUUCUCUGCUGAUACUGAUGAGGAUAUAUUAACUACAAUCCUAGAAAUCAAACCAGAAGAACCUACAAAUCCUAAUGACUUCAAGAAUUUUAAACCCUAUAAAGAUACUUAUCUGAAAAACUCACCAACAGAUUUUACCCCAUGGGUUCCUACCCCAUUCUCUUCCUAUAUAUCUGUCUCUGACCAUGACAGCAUGAACAAAGAAGAAAAAGGCAAAUACAAAGACCUCUUAAAAACACCAGGGCCACAGUCUGUCUUUCCUUACUCCAAACUCUUAGAAACACGAACACAGAAAAGGCAUGCACUUGUUACUCCAGCUAAUCUAAUUACCCAGCAUCCAGAUGACCCAAUGUUACACUGGAGCCACAUGAAGCCAUUGUCAUUGUCUUCACCCAGCCAGACAUUUAAGCACAUUUUCCUUCAAGGACCUCCUGACCAGCACACAAGCUCACAGGAAGCUCAUGCCUCUACCAGUUCAUUGGCUCAGGCCCAUGAAAUAACCCAGACCUCCGGAUUUACAUUGUAUAAUAAGAACAAUAUCACCAGCACAACUCCCAUGAAGGUCCACCAAUACUGGAGUCAGCCUGCUGAACAGUUUACAGCCACCAAGGCAUCACAGGCAAAUAAUACAGAAUUAGUUGAAAUGUUAAAUAAAAACACAUCAAAGGCCCCCAUGAGGACCACAGAUGACAAUGCCAGGGAGAAGAGGAAGUCGCAAAGUUGGCUGCCCGUGCUUGAAAAACAUGACAUUCCAAUAGUAGUAGGGGUGGGAGUUUCCUUGGCAUUUAUUUUCAUUACCAUGGCUUUCUAUUCUCUGUUUCGGAAAAAUGACCCUGCAGCUGUAACUACUGGACGAGCAGCUCGCAGAGGCCUUGGCGCGCCUUGCAGGCACGGUGAACGUCUUGCCGUUGAAAGGACAUAUGAUAAUAAAGCAUUUGAGGAUGAUAACAUGGCUGCUGUUAUUGAGCAAAGUCCAAACACAUCAGAGAUACGAGCCCAUCCCCCAACUUCCAGUCCAUCCACCUUGCUAAUGGAGUCAUGUUAUGGUGACACACAAGAGGAAGGCCAGCCAAGCCAAGACAUGCCAGUUAUAGUGGAAACACACCCAGAGCCUUGUGAGGAGGAGCAGUUAGAGACCUCGUUUGAGGAAGGAAAAGUCACGCCCAUUCUCCCAUCUGACAUCCAGCUUCAGUGCACGGAGGACUGGAAGAGCCAUGAUUUGGGACAGUGUCAAAGGGAUGCCCCUUCACCACCCCCUUCCAACCCUGUGGGUACACAGGAAGAGGGUCUCCGCUCUUCUCUGACCCUGCAGACAGGUGAUUCGUCCACCACUCCAGUACACCACAGUAUCAGCCUUUCCCAUGCCUCCUGUCCCCUCAUGUUAUCCCACUGUGUCACCCUUGGCCUGACCUCUGUGGCUGUUGAUGUGCAUUUCUACCCCUCAACCACGACGCAGUAUGGGCCUCUGAGACCUCAGAGCAAUUCUCGGCAUGAGCACGAUCAAAGUGCUCUGUCUAAGCAUCAUAGCAAAUAAAGAAAGCAAAACUAAAAAAAAAACAUGUCUCACUCAGUUUUAAAUUGUUAUCAAGGUUUAUUUUUGUCUGAUUUAUAAGGUGCUGUUUGUUUGGGUGUUAUUGUUUUUUAGCUUUUUUUUAUGUUCUACUUUCUGGGCUAUAAUAUGUGUACAUAAUGAAUUCUUUAUAGAAACUAAAAUAAACUAUCAAAUGCUACAAAUAUUUUGUUACUUAAAAAAUGCUGUUUCUAUGUGUGUGUGUGCUAUAGGAAUGGCAAAUAAAAUGAAUUCAUGAUGUUUAAUUAAUUUUUAUUAAUUUUAUUGUACUUAAUAGAAUAGUAAUUAAUAUUUUAAAGAUGAAUUGCCUCAAAAGCUAGCUGCAAAUGUGUGCAGUGAUACAGUAAAAAAUGAAUGAUUUAGCAGUAAGAGGUUUUUAGUACAAAUCAACAUGACUGUUACAUUUACAUUACCAAAGGCUGUGCUACCUUACAACUGAACAAAUCUGCUUUGUGUUAAUAUCAGUAUUACAGUGGAAAUAUUAUGGAAAUUCAUAGAUUAUUGUG